GAGGUUGAAACUCACUGGAAACUUGCGCCGCGACUUGCCAGUUUCACUCCAGGAACUUUUCUUUGCAGGAGGAGAAGAAAAGGGGUGCAAGCGCCCCGCUUUUGCUCUCUUUCUUCCCCUCCUUCUUCUUCUCCUCUCCAGUUCGCCUUACCCCACUUGGAGCAGACAGCUGCGGGCUGGCCACCGCGCGCCUUCCCAAGUGCUCGCCGCCGCAGCCGGCUGACGUGCCAGGCUCCCCGGGAGCCGCUCGCUCCGCGUUCGGGCAGCCGAGGGGAGAGGAGCCCGCGCCUCGAGUCCCCGAGCCGCCGCGGCUUCUCGCCUUUCCCUGCCACCCGCUCCCUGCCCCGGGCCCGCGUAUGAAUCUCCUGGACCCCUUCAUGAAGAUGACCGACGAGCAGGAGAAGGGCCUGUCCGGCGCCCCCAGCCCCACCAUGUCCGAGGACUCGGCGGGCUCGCCCUGCCCUUCGGGCUCCGGUUCGGACACCGAGAACACGCGGCCCCAGGAGAACACGUUCCCCAAGGGUGAGCCGGACCUGAAGAAGGAGAGCGAGGAGGACAAGUUCCCCGUGUGCAUCCGCGAGGCGGUCAGCCAGGUGCUCAAGGGCUACGACUGGACGCUGGUACCCAUGCCGGUGCGCGUCAACGGCUCGAGCAAGAACAAGCCGCACGUCAAGCGGCCCAUGAACGCCUUCAUGGUGUGGGCGCAGGCGGCGCGCAGGAAACUCGCCGACCAGUACCCGCACCUGCACAACGCCGAGCUCAGCAAGACGCUGGGCAAGCUCUGGAGACUGCUGAACGAGAGCGAGAAGCGGCCCUUCGUGGAGGAGGCGGAGCGGCUGCGCGUGCAGCACAAGAAGGACCACCCGGAUUACAAGUACCAGCCGCGGCGGAGGAAGUCGGUGAAGAACGGCCAGGCGGAGGCCGAGGAGGCCACGGAGCAGACGCACAUCUCCCCCAACGCCAUCUUCAAGGCGCUGCAGGCCGACUCGCCGCACUCUUCCUCCGGCAUGAGCGAGGUGCACUCCCCCGGGGAGCACUCGGGGCAAUCCCAGGGCCCACCGACGCCACCCACCACCCCCAAAACCGACGUGCAGCCCGGCAAGGCUGACCUGAAGCGCGAGGGGCGCCCCCUGCCAGAGGGGGGCCGACAGCCCCCCAUCGACUUCCGCGACGUGGACAUCGGCGAGCUGAGCAGCGACGUCAUCUCCAACAUCGAGACCUUCGACGUCAACGAAUUCGACCAGUAUCUGCCGCCCAAUGGCCACCCGGGGGUGCCGGCCACGCACGGCCAGGUCACCUACACGGGCAGCUACGGCAUCAGCAGCACGGCGGCGACCCCGGCGGGCGCAGGCCACGUGUGGAUGUCCAAGCAGCAGGCGCCGCCGCCGCCGCCGCCGCCCCCGCAGCAGCCCCAGCAGGCCCCGCAGGCCCCGCAGGCGCCCCCGCAGCCGCAGCCCGCGCCCCCGCAGCCGCAGCCCGCGCCCCCGCAGCCGCAGCCGGCGCACACGCUGACCACGCUGAGCAGCGAGCCGGGCCAGUCGCAGCGAACGCACAUCAAGACGGAGCAGCUGAGUCCCAGUCACUACAGCGAGCCUCAGCAGCACUCGCCGCAGCAGAUCGCCUACAGCCCCUUCAACCUCCCGCACUACAGCCCCUCCUACCCGCCCAUCACCCGCUCGCAGUACGACUACCCAGACCACCAGAACUCCGGCUCCUACUACAGCCACGCGGCGGGCCAGGGCUCCAGCCUCUACUCCACCUUCACCUACAUGAACCCCGCGCAGCGGCCCAUGUACACCCCCAUCGCCGACACCUCCGGGGUCCCUUCCAUCCCGCAGACCCAUAGCCCCCAGCACUGGGAACAGCCGGUCUACACACAGCUCACCAGACCUUGAGGAGGCCUUGCGCCAAGGGGGAUGCUGACCGCGUGAUGAUCCUAAAAAGCACCGAAGAAAGAACCAACCAGAAUUUCCUUGGGACAUUUUUUUUUUCUUAUUCCUUAAAGACAUUUAAGCUAAAGGCAACUCGUACCCAGAUUCCAAGACCGAACCAUUAGCUAUCCAGACGCAUUACCACCUUGCUGCAAAUCAGUAGCCAGGCCACUCGUGGCCGGGCGGACCGGCGGAAUCGAGGAGAAACCGAACUUGAAAACUUUCUUCAAAGCAAGCAAUGGAGG